AUGUGGGAGGUGGAGGCCGCAGCAUCAGCAGAGUGUGUGUGGGGUUCCUCUCCCUCUCCCCUACCCCCAACUCUGGCCCGGGAUGCCAGCCCCCUUCCCCCCUGCCUUCUGUCCUGCCCUGAGCUCUCCUGGGGCACCAUGAACACCUACAGAGAUAGAGGGGUCACCUGCACCUCCUCAGACCUGCUGGAGGGGGGCGGAGGGGGAGGGCCUGGACCCCUCCUCACACAACAUGCCACCUUCCACCUCACCCCCAACGGCCACCCUGCCCCCUUUUCUGACCCGGCCACCCAAUCCCGUGUCUCCGUUCCCAAGAUGGGUGUCCGCGCCCGUAUUGCUGAGUGGCCGCCGCGCCAUGCGCAAUCGAGGGAGUCGCUCCUGGAGAACGGGCAAGGUGGUAAUCCCCAUGGAGACGACCCCUCCACGACGACCUCCUCCGCAUCUUUCCCCAUCUCCGAGGUCGGGCUGGUGCGGGGAGGAGUGGCUCGUUUACCAAGGCGACGCACGAAGGACGUGGAGUUCCGUGGUGGGUACAGGGGUGAAAGAGGGUCUCCCAUAGGCCUGCGUGCCUUCCCCCCGUUACGGCAGCGCUCCAACAGUGAGGUAACUCUGAGCGAGCAGGAUGAGAACGAGGUGGAAGGUCGUGGAGGUGCUAAUCUGUUCCGGGAGUACGGCAGCACCUCUUCCAUCGACGUGCAGGGCAUUACCGAGCAGAGCUUCUUUGACAUGCUCAGCCAGUUCCACCAGGAGAGGCCCGACCAGCGCAGCACUGCCCACGUACGCCUGGGGGAGCUACUGCACACCCCCAACUGCCCUCCCUCUGCACCCCUCCCCACUGGCCACUCCCCCACACCCAGGGGGGAGGAUGGAGGGAUGGGACGGUCAGAGAACAGGGUGAGGAAGAAGAGUGGGGGGACAGAGUCGUCUCUGGGGACGUCCUCGCUGUUCCGGAAGCUCCGCAGCUCCAGCAGAGGGGAGCUGGACAGAGGGGAGGCGGGGGAGGACGGGGGAGGCCGUAACUCUACAGAUACCCCCUACAAACCCUGGUUGUGCCCCAAGAGCUUUGUCCACUAUGACGCCCAGAGCAUCCUUUUUGACCUCCAUGAGGCGGCUGCUCAUCGCACGUACGUAUCCCAGCGGAGGAACACUGCAACAGGGGCAUCGGCGGCCUCCGUCUCCCUUGCUGUGUCACGGUCCUCAACUCUGAGUGGGUUGGACGCCACCUACUCCAGCGUUGAGGACCUGACGCUAGGCCUCGACCCCACCGCGCCCGCACCCUCCCUGGGCAUGGACCCUCUGGACGGCCCCCCCGGAGGCCCCAGCUCCAGUUCGCUCCUCCUCAGCUGCCCCCACUUCCGCAACGAGACGGGGGGCCACGGGGAGCGCAACAUCAGCUUCCUGAGCUCCUCGGCCGAGCGGGGAGGGGAGGGGGGCGCGGGUGACAUAGUGAGGGGCAGCCUUCGGCGUAGCAACGCCAGUGUGUCGGUGGUGGAGGUGCCCAUAGAGCAGCAAGUCACCAGAAUGGACAGGCUGAAACUCUAUAGCAUAGAGCAUGUGGACCUGGGGGCGCGGUACUACCGAGACUACUUCCAUGGGAAAGGUAAGAACUGAUCUGAUCUUACCACUCAAUCCAGCCUACCUAUCCUACCUAACUUUGACUACUUUUAGUAUUCACUCUCCCUAUGAUAUCUGCUGUCAAUAAAAGUCUAGCAUAUCACUAGUGUUGUCAACUGGCAGUACUCUCUCCUCCUCCAUCCAGCUGCCCCUGUACAGUCAGCCAACCUGGCAGCGGUCCCAGAGGAUAAUAUGUACCUGCCUCUGUCUGUUGGCAAACUGAGCUCAUAGCUCUGAGAAGAAUUAACUUACUCCCUCACACACACGUUGACCUCUCUGCCUCUGCACAUUAAUCCUGACACUGGUUGGCUCUUCCUAUUAAAACUCCUCCCCCCCGAUCCUGCAGAACAGCUGUGUGUGUGUGUGCUCCCAGCAUCACCUUUCUAGACCCUGGAAAAAUAGAUAGCUGCCCCCGAGGACAUAAUCAUCUGCUAAGAGCCUAACCACAGAGAUAAAGGUAACCGCUCCAAAAAUACUGUUGCCUGUCCCCCUGAAUGCUGUGUGGAACAUGAGACUGCUCCGGUGCUGUAACUGUAAUGCCCUGCAUGCAUGUCAAAAAGCCUAAUCCAAAAAGCUGACAUUUAUACUGCAGGACAAAGUGGGAAUGCUAAACAGGGCUGAGCCUCUUCAAUUAUGCAGAGAUGAAACAAGUUGAAAAAUAGAUUCUUCCAUGAGUUUCUUCCUCCUCCACUCACAAAUAGGAGAAGUCGCUCUCAGUUUGAGGAGUAAGCUGUUAAUGAAUCAUAUGGAUAUGUUUAUAGCCUUUUACUUUAGGAAUGUGUCUUAUCAGAGAUUUCCACUUAUUCAUCAAACUUUAGAUAAGCAGAAAGGCUACUCAGUCUUCAGUGUGUCACACAGUUAUAAUAAAAUGUAAUAAAAUGUCCUGUGGAAUGAUCUGUUUAUGAAACCAACAUUUCUGGCUAUGAUAGGCCUAUAACAUGCAAAGCAAUACGGCUAGUACGUCAAAGCAAACGAUUGUAUUGUUGUGGAUAAAAUAACAAAUAUAAUUGAAUUUUGUCAUUUGUAGAUUAUUAUUGUGUUCUCUACUCUACCUAGGUUACUCAAGCAUGUGACUUCAUCUGAAAAAGUAGAACCUGUUCCGAGCAAGCCGUGCCGCCACACCACAGGCUCAGCUGCACAAUCAUUGUUUGUCAUUUGUAGCUCUAAUCAAUGUCCUCAGGUUCCUUGAUGAGCUGAUUAAUUCAAUGUGUAAUUGAACAUGGAUUGACACCACAUACAAGCACUGCAAGUGCUGUUGUUAUCUCACCAUAUCCUUCAAUCUCUUCUCUUUCCCUCCUCCGCUCUGAGCCUGUUCUCUCUCUCCAUCUCCUUUUUAUUCAACCUCCUACUUUCCUCCAUUUUUCCAUAUCCAAAGGCUGUUAUUGAAAUGAUCAAUACACGUGUUCAACAGGACCAAAGGCAUGUCCAGACAUGUUGUGAAUACACUCUCUCCCUGUGUGUCACUGCAGAGCACUCUAACUACUUUGGGACGGACGAGAAGCUGGGUCCGGUGGCUGUGAGUAUCCGCAGGGAGAAACUGGACGACACUAAAGACCUGAAAGACCAGUACCUGUACCGCAUCAUUGCCAGAACUAGCGAGGUACUAACACCCACCCCACCUCCCACUGCCUGCCUACACACAGCUAGAUGGAACACUGAGUAGGCUGAAUACUGACGCUGCCAAAUGUAUGUGUUGUUUGAGUAGGCAGUGUGUGCGUGAGACAUAGUGUGUGGGAAUGUGCGUUUUUGGACGCUGUUAUUUAUGCCUGGACUGAACCUCAUUGAGUCCCCACGGCUCAUGCUGGCUCCACACACAGUACCCCCUCCCUCCACACCUUCCCCUCUCUCGCUUACCUCCCCUCCUCCCUCCAGUCCCUCCAUUCUCUGCCAGUGGAAAUUUCCACCUGACCAGGCCCUGCUCAGAACAGCUAAGCCAAACACUGCCCCGGUCCUGGUCCGCUGGUAGGCCUCCCUCCACUAAUACCACAGCUAGUGAUAGGUCAAACCUCCUCAUUCAAGCAAAGAUGUAGCCUGACACUAAAUUCUUCCGUUGUUCUGUCAUUCGCUACAUACUUUAGUCUGAGACUGCCAUCAUUGAAGUCGUUUGUGGUGAAGAGUUGCAUUGUACAAAACAAAGUCAUCAGCGAUUAGAUCGUCUUUAACCGAUCAGAGUAUCAAAGCCAAUGACGCAUUUUCAAACCGCCGCUUUACCCAUGUGUGUUCUGGCUCUGGCCCAACCCAUUGGUUUCUGGACCUAUCAGACAGCCCCGAAUGUGUUCGCAUUCGGUGAAGGGUCGGUGAGGUACUCAGAUUCUCGCUCAUUGCGGAGAAGAAACUAACAUCCGUAAGUGUGGCAUAGCGUUUGGCCGGAGCAAGGAGUCUGGGUAGCCAGGCACAGAUGUGCUCUGAUUGGAUCACCACCACUCCAGCCCUGGGACAGGGCAUUCUCUAUGAUUGGCCAAUCACCCGUCUAGCUUUACCAAAGUCCUCUUUAGUAGGUUAUAAAUACCAACAAGUAUGGACACUUUCUCCUUGAACAGGGUUUUGAAUAACGGGUGACCCGGGGUGCAGAGAUCUCCCAUUAACAAAAUAGGGCACCACCAGAAGCACUGAAAUAUUCACAUGGAAAACCCCAUAAGCAAUCCAGGCCACUAUUUUUAGGGCACUCAAGAGUCCACAUGUACCUGGCACUACCUUUCCUGCACACACACGUUUUCUCAGGAUGUUUCUUAUACAGUGCAUUCGGAAAGUAUUCAGACCCUUGACUUUUUCCACAUUUUGUUACGGUACAGCCUUAUUCUAAAUUUUUGAUUUUUUUCAUCCUCAUCAAUCUACACACAAUACCCCAUAAUGACAAAGCGAAAACAGGUUUUUAGAUUUUUUUGGCAGGAAAGAAAACAUACCUUAUUUACAUAAGUAUUCAGACCCUUUGCUAUGAGGCUCGAAAUUGAGCUCCGGUGCAUCCUGUUUCCAUUGCAUCCUUUUUCCAUAAGGACAACCAUCUCUGCAGCACUCCACCAAUCAGGCCUUUAUGGUAGAGUAGCCAGACGGAAGCCACUCCUCAAUAAAAGACACAUGACAGUCUGCUUGGAGUUUGCCAAAAGGCACCUAAAGGACUCUCAGACCAUGAGAAACAAUAUUCUCUGGUCUGAUAAAACCAAGAUUGAACUAUUUGGCCUGAAUGCCAAGCGUCACAUCUGGAGGAAACCUGGCACCAUCCCUAAUGUGAAGCAUGGUGGUGGCAGCAUCAUGCAGUGGGGAUUUUUUAGUGGCAGGGACUGGGAGACUAGUCAGGAUUGAGGGAGCAAAGUACAGAGAUUCUUGAUGAAAACUUGCUCCAGAGCACUCACGAACUCAGACUGGGGGGCGAAGGUUCACCUUCCAACAGGAUAACGGCCCUAAGCACACAGCCAAGACAACGCAGGAGUGGCUUCGUUACAAGUCUCUGAAUGUCCUUGAGUGGCCCAGCCAGAGCCCGGACUUGAACCCGAUCGAACGUCUCUGGAGAGACCUGAAAAUAGCUGUGCAGCAACGCUCCCCAUCCAACCUGACAGAGCUUGAGAGGAUCUGCAGAGAAGAAUGGUAAAAACUCCCCAAAUACAGGUGUGCCAAGCUUGUAGUGUCAUACUUAAGAAGACUCGAGGCUGUAAUCACUGCCAAAGGUGCUUCAACAAAGUACUGAGUAAAGAGUCUGAAUACUUAUGUAAAUGUGAUAUGUCCCCCCGCUCUUCCGUUUUUGCUUUGUCAUUAUGUGGUAUUGUGUGUAGAUUGAUGAGGGGGAAAACAACUAUUUAAUCAGUUUUAAAAUAAGCCUGUAACGUAACAAAAUGUGGAAAAAGUCAAGGGAUCUGAAUGCUUUCCGAAUGCACUAUAUACCCGGUACGCGACGUAACAUACUCUGAGACUGAUUGACAGAUUGACUGACCACUGCACAAAUAGCUAUCCUAAUAGAGACUGGGUGUACAUAGCACUUCUGCUUGCUCCCUGUCUAGUACAUGUGCUUUCCAAUAGUGUCCAGUGAAUCCUGUGGCUGUGCCCUCUGGCUGGCGGCUGCCCUCCCUCUUGUUGUUUUUAGCUGGAUUACAUGGCAGCCUGGCCUCAUCACCUUAGCCCAUAUUGAACAAUGGGCCGCGCCGCCGCCUGUGUCUACAGAGAUCAUACAGACACUCCUCUCAGGCCUGCCCUGAGAGAGCGAACGCUACAAAGCUCACAUCCCCUCCUCCUCCUCUCAAACCCCCCCCCUCCCUCCCCCAUACUCUCUCAUUGAAGUCUGAACGAUGCUGACACCAGCAUGCUGUAACCACACGUUACACACUUACACACUCAAUCACACACAUCCACGUGCACACACAUUCUUACUCACACCCCACAGAUGCCCCAGAUUGGCACAGUCAGUCAGGGGAAGUUGCUAGAGGCAGGUCGAUUUGUUGCUAAAAGUUGCUAAAUGACAUUGUGAUGUCAUUGCGUGAUGACGUCAUUACGUAAUAACGUAAAAUUGACUGGCCAUCUCGGCGAAAAAUAUGAUUUGACAUUUGGUAGUUUCGAUUUGUUUGUUUAUUAUCACAUAAUUUUUUUGUAAAAGUAAUAUAAACACAACACAUUUUUUAUGAUCAGAUUUUUUUUUUUUACAAUUACACAUUACACAUUAUUGAACAAUUACAUUUUAUUUAUUUUAUUUUUAACUAGUAAACCUUCACAUUAUGAACAAUUAUAGUUUUAAGCAGUGUAUUGGUAGUUAGUUAACAUGCUACCUAACUGAUCAACAAUUAUAGGUACAAACUAAUAACAAGGUAUAUAUGCUAUCCUAUUGAACAAACAACUUAACUCAAGUAAUGAUGUGUGCGCUAGGCAUCUCUCUCCAGCUCUCUCCAGGUUGUUGUGCUGCUUGGCUGGCUAGCUGCUCAAUGGUUUCCUCCAGAUAUUGCCACUGUUCACUCUCACACUACAGUGCACACUACCACCAUCAGCUGUGUGUCUCUGCCAGUUCCAGAAAGUCCAUGCCUUGCAACGUACUGUAAAUAUGAUGAAUCAUAGAUUGGCAAGGAAAUCCUCUUCAUCUUCUCUGUCCGACUGCAUUGUCACGGAGCUGGAUCCAGCAGAAGAGGAUGGAGUGGCCUUGAAGCUGUAGGCUGCUGUGGUGCCAAACUGCUGCACAACUUCACUUGGUAGUUUAUGCUGGUAACAGGUAUCACCAGCCAGCUUCAGUCCACACCGCACCAGGAGUAUGAAGUUGAGAGUGUGCAGUGACAUUCUAUUUCUUAACUUUGACUUGACCACACUCAUUUGGCUGAACAGCCGUUCAACCUCCGCAUUUGAGUGUGGCAAGGAGAGGCCAGCGAGUGCAGCUUUGCACAGUUCUUCAAAUGGAUUUGACCCGGAAGAGUCUGUGUAGUUAUUCACUUCACUCCAAAACUUUUCAGUUGAAUCCCACCUAAACAGAUGGAUGUUUCUCCAUUGGGGAACAAUUGUAUCAAUUGUUUGGGGCUGGUACCCCAGUAGCUCAGCUACUUUAAUCAUUUCAGCGGGGCCUUUAUUAUGCUUUAGUGUUUCCUUAACACUGAACAAGGCCAUGGUUCGCAAGGCUUCUAGGUUGUCUGGGGGCCUUGCAGCUCCUUGCUUAAAGCAACAAUGUAGUUGAUGCACUGUCUCCGAAUGACCUUUUCGUCCUCUGGCGCAAGACUGAGUUGGUACACAGUGCUCUCGAAAAGGUACCCAAGGUAUGGUGAUGGACUGAGAUGUCCAUCAAUGGCAUCCUUCAGGACAUCAAUAUUUGCCAUAGGGUUGACUACUCUGCUGCAAAUUGAUGUUAAGAGGUGUACCAGAUUGUCCAAACGCUUGACAGGAUCUGUUUGCUCUCCCUCAAAUGACUUCACUGCAACUUGUCGGACAGGAUUGAUUUCAAGAAUGUCAGGUAGACAUAGCUGGUCUUGUACAUGGCGUGGAGCAUAUGUAGCAAUGCUCACUGGCCUUGGUCAACUCAAAGUGGAUUUCAGUUCUUUCCACUGGCUCAAUAUACGAGUUACCGCAGGCUCAAUCGAUAGCCAACACACUUUGGUGACACAGCGGAUGAGUACCAAAUUGGGCAAUGCACAUUCUUCCUUUAAAAUCUUGCGCACCUUUUUGUGCACCCCAGUCUUCACGGACGCAUUAUCACUGCCAAUCCCCUGAAGAUUCUAUUUUUGAAGUUUACACUUCUCAAGAAACUCAACUACCGCCUUUGCUAUUGAUCUGGCAUCGCCCCCCUCCAAUUCAACCAGCCCGAGAAAUGUGGACACAAUGUUUCUUUUUUUAGCACUGAAAUACCGAAUCACCACACCCAGGUAUUUUGAGACACUGACAUCAGUGGACUCAUCCAAAAGGAGGCUGAACUUCUCGAACCCCCACAUCUGAUGUUACCCUUUUGAGAAAAUAAGGAGCCAGUACUCCCCUAAUCAUUUCACUUGGUGCAUUUGGAGGUUUGUUGCUGCCACAGUAUCUGAAAAGGCAGCUUUGCAAGCCAUGCCUAAAUGGUCGCAUGCUAGCAGCGAACAAUGCUCCGCAAUGGCCACUGCAAAAGCGCAGAAGCUACUAUGGCAGUUAUCCACUUUCUUAACCAACUGUGGUAAUGUAGACUGUGUUGCGGGGUUGUACGUUUUUUUUAUGUCAUACAUUUUUGCAAGCAUAUCUGAUUUGCAGUAUGCACAGUAUGCCCGACAAUCAUCCCCAAUUACUGGCUUCAGCCACCCUUUAAAUUCAGGUACAGACUCCCACUCUUUUCUGUACUUCUGGCUGUACAAUUUUGAUUGAGACAUGUUGAUUAUUGAUGUAAGUUCUGUUCAAGAUCCAACAUUCGUGACCAACUAUAUUAAUUGGGUUUGUCUCGUCGAACACAUACUACUGCUGCUGCAGUCAGCCAACAAUGAUUUGCAAUUUGCUGAAAUUGCUGCUGGCCUGCUGCUGCCUGUGCACGAGCUGAGCGCAUGCUGCUGACGUCACUCACAAUGCACUUUUGCAGCCAGGAACGUGUGUUGUGACUGAGUGUGUGACAGGGAAAAUCGUUUUUGUGUCAUUUAGCGGGAAAAUGCGUGCAUUUUAGCAUUUGAGUCACUUUUCAAAAGUUGCUACAUUUGUUGCUAGGUGCUGAUUAUUAUUAUUUUUUUGCCAGUGUAGUCUGAAAAGUUGCUAAAUCUAGCAACAAAAUUGCUAAGUUGGCAUCACUGGCCGUGGUCUCCCUGAAUACAUUGAAUAAAAUACAGCUCUCUCAGCACCUGAGAUUAUUAUAGCCCCCUGCUGUCUGGAAACACCCCAAGUACAGGUCUCCCCUCUAGGGAUCACUCCGGUGCAUGGCACUAUGGGCAGUAAGAAGCUUUCAAAGAUUGCAGAUAUGCACCUACUGAAGACAUCUGUCCUAUUUCUCAAUGUCUCUAAAAACUCCCAGAGACAUAGAUGUGAGCAAGUUCUCUGCAAGUUAAUGGACAAUAAAGUACAUCUCAUCUAACCUUUGUGUGUGUGUGUUUUACAUCUCUAAUCACUCCCAUGUCCUCUGUGUGUGUGUAGCUGGUGACGUUGCGGGGGUCCAUCCUGGAGGAUGCAGUGGCCUCCACGGGGAGGCACGGCACGGUGCGAGGUCUCCCCCUGAAGGAGGUGCUGGAGCAGGUGGUCCCGGAGCUCAGUGUGUCCUGCCUGCGCCUGGCUCUCAGCACGCCCAAGGUCACCGAGCAGCUCCUCAAACUGGACGAACAGGGGGUGAGUCCGCGGGCCGUGGUCUCAGCCACAAGUUAUAUGAUAUCUCUGUGUGUCUGUCUCUGUCUUUUAUCACCUCUGAAAUCACCUCCUAUAGCUACAGUCAAAAACACUAGAUAGGUGUGUCUCUGUUUGAGCCAGGACAUGGCAGCCGUGUGUGAAUGCAGUCUGAUAUUGUUUCUUCUCCGGUGUAGCUGAGUCAGAAGCACAAGGUGGGGGUCCUGCUGUGUCGGGCAGGGCAGAGCACCGAAGAAGAGAUGUAUAACAACGAAGAGGCCACGCCCACCUUCUCCGCCUUCAUGGACCUGCUGGGGGAGCAGGUGUGCCUCCGAGGCUUCCCCAACUACGCCGCCCAGCUGGACACCAAGAGUACGUGUCUGUGUGUGUGUGGGAGGGUGGGUGGGUAGGGUGUGUGUGUAUAUGUGUUCGUCGGUGUGUGUCUUGUUUGUGUGAGGGGGUGCGUAGUAGGGUGUUCGUGUGCAGGCGAAUGUGCGUGCCUAAUAUCAGCACAGAGUUUUCUGCAUCCCUUCCUAGUGGUUAAAUUUAGUUUUUGAGUCAUAGAAUGAUAGACUAAAGGCCCGGGUGUGAACACUGAGUAAAAUUAGUGAUUCCUGUCAAAUGGUGCAUGAAUAUAAAAACACUUGCUACAUAACUGCCUAUGAAGUCAACCGUUUAGAAAAAGAGUCUCUACAGACUAUUGUUUUUGAUGUGGUGUUCCUUUAUUUGUUGAGCUCAUGCCCUGGUGCUGAACUGGGACUGGAUAACGGAAUGUUAACCGUGUGUUUGCUUAUGCGUAUGUUUGUGUGUGUGUGUGUUUCUCUCUCUCUCUCGGUUUCCCCCAGCUGACUCGACAGGCACCCACUCCCUGUACACCACCUACCAGGGCUAUGAGGUCAUGUUCCACGUGUCCACCAUGCUGCCCUACAUGCCCAACAACCCCCAGCAGGUGAGACCAACACUCACACAGCACAGUCUACCACAGCCCACCCCAAACACCUUCAACUACCCUUCUAUCUAGUAUUGUUGUCUGUUCAAUCCCACAGGUGUAGUUACAGAGGUCAGACACUCUUCCUGAUUCUUAAGGGUGCUCAGGGUAGCAUGGCCAUUGCCGUAGUCUCACAAAUCCUUUGGAAGUCCGUCUGAGUGUCACCAUUGAGUGUCAUAUCUCAGAUUCAGAAGACACAUGGCGGACAGAGACAGAAAGGUUUAACUAUUUUGUGUUUGUGUAUGUGGUUUGUUAUACCUCUGUUCUAUAGUUUAUCUGGCUCAGACAUGGACAAUUGCAGCUACUCAUGAAAUAGAAAUAGAACUUCUCUCUGCUGCUCUCCCUCUCUUUUAGAGUGUUCCUCUUCAAUUCUGUGCCUGUAGUAUUUUUAUGGAUUCUUUGUUCUCUUUGAAUGGGCUUUUCAGUCCUGCUAACAUCAUCUAUGUUCAUUGAAUACAUGCCAACUGUACAGUAACUUUUGCUUGCACCUACUCUACAUUACCAAAAGUAUGUGGACACAUGCUUGUCGAACAUCUCAUUCCAAAAUCAUGGGCAUUCAUAUGGAGUUGGUCCCCCCUUUGCCUGUUCCUCUGUUCAGGGAAGGCUUUCCACUAGAUGUUGGAACAUUGCUGCGGGGACUUGCUUCCAUUCAGCCAUGAGCAUUAGUGAGGUCGGGCACUGAUGUUGGUCUAUAGAGAUUGCAUGGCUGUCUGCUCGAUUUUAUACACCUGUCAGCAGCGGGUGUGGCUGAAAUGGCCAAAUCCACUAAUUUGAAGGGGUGUCCACAUACAGAGCAUUCGGAAAGUAUUCAGACCCCUUGACUUUUUCCACAUUUUAUGAUGUUACAGCCUUAUUCUAAAAUUGAUUAAAUAGUUUUUCCCCCUCAUCAAUCUACACACAAUAACCCAUAAUGACAAAGCAAAAACAGGUUUUUAGAAAUGUUUACACAUUUAUUAAAAAUUAAAAACGUAAAUAUGACAUUUACGUAAGUAUUCAGACCCUUUACUCAGUACUUUAUUGAAGCACCUUUGGCAGCGAUUACAGCCUUGUCUCUUCUUGGGUAUGACGCUACAAGCUUGGCACACCUGUAUUUGGGAAAUUUCUCCUAUUCUUCUCUGCAGAUCCUCUCAAGCUCUGUCAGGUUGGAUGGGGAGCGUCACUGCACAGCUAUUUUCAGGUUUCUCCAGAGUUGUUCGAUCGGGUUCAAGUCCGGGCUCUGGCUGGGCCACUCAAGGACAUUCAGAGACUUGUCCCGAAGCCACCCCUGCGUUGUCUUGGCUGUGUGCUUAGGGUCAUUGUCCUGUUGGAAGGUGAACCUUCGCCCCAGUCUGAGGUCCUGAGUGCUCUGGAGCAGAUUUUCAUUAAGGAUCUCUCUGUACUUUGCUCCGUUCAUCUUUCCCUCGAUCCUGACUAAUCUCCCAGUCCCUGCUGCUGAAAAACAUCCCCACAGCAUAAUGCUGCCACCACCAGGCUUCACCAUAGGGAUGGUGCCAGGUUUCCUCCAGAUGUGACACUUGGCAUUCAAGCCAAAGAGUUUAAUCUUGGUUUCAUCAGACCAGAGCAUCAUGUUUCUCAUGGUCUGAGAGUCCUUUCGGUGCUUUUCAGCAAACUCCAAGCGGGCUGUCAUGUGCCUUUUAUUGAGGAGUGGUUUCCGUCUGGCCAUUUUAUCAUAAAGGCCUGAUUGGUAGAGUGCUGCAGAUGGUUGUCCUUCUGGAAGGUUCUCCCAUCUCCACAGGGGAACUCUGGAGCUUUGUCAGAGUGACCAUCGGGUUCUUGGUCACCUCCCUGACCAAGGCCCUUAUCCCCCGAUUGCUCAGUUUGGCCGGGCGGCCAGCUCUAGGAAGAGUCUUGGUGGUUCCAAACUUCUUCCAUUGAAGAAAGAUGGAGGCCACUGUGUUCGUGGGGACCUUCAAUUCUGCAGAAAUGUUUUGGUACCCUUCCCCAGAUCUGUGCCUUGACACAAUCCUGUCUCUGAGCUCUACGGACAAUUACUUCGACCUCAUGGCUUGGUUUUUUCUCUGACAUGCACUGUCAACUGUGGAACCUUGUAUAGAUAGGUGUGUGCCUUUCCAAAUCAUGUCCAAUCAAUUUAAGUUACCACAGGUGGACUCCAAUCAAUUGUAGAAACAUCUCAAGGAUCAUCAAUGGAAACAGGAUGCACCUGAGCUCAAUUUUUUUUCUCAUAGCAAAAGGGUCUGAAUACUUACAGUACCAGUCAAAAGUUUGGACACACCUACUCAUUCAAGGGUUUUUCUUUAUAUUUUAGUAUUUUCUACAUUGUAGAAUAAUAGUGAAGACAUCAAAACUAUGAAAUAACACAUAUGGAAUCAUGUAGUAACCAAAAAAGUGUUAAACAAAUCAAAAUGUAUGUUAUAUUUUAGAUUCUUCAAAGUAGCCACCCUUUGCCUUGAAGACAGCUUUGCACACUCUUGGCAUUCUCUCAACCAGCUUCAUGAGGAAUGCUUUUCCAACAGUCUUGAAGGAGUUCCCACAUAUGCUGAGCACUUGUUGGCUGCUUUUCCUUCACUCUGUCGUCUGACUCAUCCCAAACCAUCUCAGUUGGGUUGAGGUCGGGUGAUUGUGGAGGCCAGGUCAUCUGAUGCAGCACUCCAUCACUCUCCUUGGUCAAAUAGCCCUUACACAGCCUGGAGGUCUGUUUUGGGUCAUUGUCCAGUUGAAAAACCAAUUAUAGUCCCAUUAAGCGCAAACCAGAGGGGAUGGCGUAUCGUUGCAGAAUGCGGUGGUAGCCAUGCUGGUUAAGUGUGCCUUGAAUUCUAAAUAAAUCACUGACAGUGUCACCAGCAAAGCACCAUCACACCUCCUCCUCCCGGUGGGAACCAAACUCACACACCACACCACACAUGCAGAGAUCAUCCGUUCACCUACUCUGCGUCUCACAAAGACACGGCGGUUGGAACCAAAAAUCUCAAAUUUGGACUCAUCAGACCAAAGGAUAGAUUUCCACCAGUCUAAUGUCCAUUGCUCGUGUUUCUUGGCCCAAGCAAGUCUCUUCUUCUUAUUGGUGUCCUUUAGUAGUGGUUUAUUUGCAGCAAUUCGACCAUGAAGGCCUGAUUCACGCAGUCUCCUCUGAACAGUUGAUGUUGAGAUGUGUCUGUUACUUGAACUCUGAAGCGUUUAUUUGGGCUACAAUCUGAGGUGCAGUUAACUCUAAUGAACUUAUCCUCUGCAGCAAACUCUGGGUCUUCCUUUCCUGUGGCGGUCCUCAUGAGAGCCAGUUUCAUCAUAGGGUUGGUUUUUGCGGCUGCACUUGAAGAAACGUUCAAAGUUCUUGACAUUUUCCGGAUUGACUGACCUUCAUGCCUUAAAGUAAUGAUGGACUGUCGUUUCUCUUUGCUUAUUUGAGGUGUUCUUACCAUAAUAUGGACUUGGUCUUUUACCAAAUAGGGCUAUCUUCUGUCUACCACACCUACCUUGUCAAAACACAACUGAUUGGCUCAAACGCAUUAAGAAGGAAAGAAAUUCCACAAAUUAACUUUUAACAAGGCACACCUGUUAAUUGAAAUGCAUUCCAGGUGACUACCUCAUGAAGCUGGUUGAGAGAAUGCCAAGAGUGUGCAAAGCUGUCAUCAAGGCAAAGGGUGGCUACUUUGAAGAAUCUAAAAUCAAAAAUAUAUUUUGAUUUUAACACUUUUCUGGUUACUACAUGGUUUCAUAUGUGUUAUUUCAUAGUUUUGAUGUCUUCACUAUUAUUCUACAAUGUAGAAAAUAGUACAAAAUAAAGAAAAACCCUGGAAUUAGUAAGUGUGUCCAAAGUUUUUACUGGUACUGUAUGUAAAUAAGGCAUUUCUAAAAACCUGUUUUCGCUUUGUCAUUAUGGGGUAUUGUGUGUAGAAAGAAAAUAAUGUAAUACAUUUUAGAGUAAGGCUGUAACGUAACAAAAUGUGGAAAAAGUCAUGGGGACUGAAUACUUUCCAAAUGCACUGUAUGUGAAUGGGUAGGUUCUGGAAACUCUGUUUAAGCUAUAUCUUCAGAGAUUCCAUUGCUAUCACUCUUAAUGAGCAUUGGUUCUCAGUUGACCAGCCUGGUUAAUUAAAUAAUGAGUUAGAGGAAUAAAAUAUAAACGAUGUAUGAAAGGUUACACCAAAGACAGUACAGUAUGAAGAUGGGCAGAAACUGCUUCUACAGUAGAAAUCCCUGGUCACACUUGAAGGCGACGUCAUGGCGACGUUAGCUAGCAUAGCUCAUGCACAAAAACGCCAUCAUGUCUUGCCGAACUGCGCAUGUGCAGACCGUCAAAUGAAAGGCACUCCUUCGAUAUAAAGUUGUUUUUGAAAAUAAUUCAAACCUGUCAGUUUGUCACUUUCACAAGGUUGUAGUAAUGACAGGUUCAGCUAAUUAAGACAUUGGCUCCAAUCUAGGUUUUGCCAUUACAAUUCUAGAAAAUGAACAACUAAGGAUGAAUUUUUCACUUCUCCCACUGUCUGCCAAACCCUGGUCUGUCACGUUUACUUCCAGAUGCAUUCCCAGAAGUAUCGCGAUGUUGUGUCUCUGGGUUUGUGGGUGUGUAAACGGUAGAAUGGGAGAGAAUAGAUUAAUAUUCAGCACACUGACUCCAUCCAGAGGCGCAAAGGCCACAGCAGCGACAUUUUAACUUCUGCCAUGAAACCUCUAGGUGUCAGUGUUGAUCACCAAUAAACCCUCACUCUGAGAGAGGAGAGGGAGAGAGCUGUUAAAAAGUCAGGUAGUCAAUAUAGAGGAAUGUUAUGUGCCAGAGACAGGAGGAAGAGAGUCAAAAAGAGAGAAAGAGAAGAGGUGACUGUGACUAAGGGCAAGGACGUAGAGAGGAGAGGAGGACAUCCAAUUACAUCCGGAUCGCAGGGGCCUUUAGCAGUUGUCCAGCCCCAGGCAGAACUCGUGUCUCAUGCAUACAGAGCUCCAGCAGUACCCCCUAGAGUGUGCGUGUGUAAGCUUUAUGCUGUCAUAUUUAAUUGACUCUUUCACACUGCUGCAGAAAGAGUGGGUUGGCAAGCACCGCAAUAGACACAGCAUGGAUUCUGUCACUGUGUGACUGACAUUCACACAUAUUCAAUCAAAUUCUCAAUAGCUACACUCAUUGGGAGAAAAAUGUAGCAUCAGAUAAAGAUCUGUUUGUUUGCCUCAGCUGUUCUCUCACUGUCUGUAUCUGCAUCACAAUCUCAGACCUACAUCCACAUAGACUGGGACCAAUCUCUAUCUCUCUCGCUCUGUCUCUCGCUGACUUUUCUCUAACAAUAUACUGGUGCGAUAGUGAGUCAAGUGAGCUUGUGUGCCAAUUCUGUCUGGCUCAUGUUAAUUUGUGCUCGUUCUGUCUCCCCCGCUCACUCUCCUCCCCUCCCUCCCUCUGCUUCUGUUUGUUUCUCCCUCUGCCAACUGUGUCUUCACCUCCACACUCGCUCACACACCUUUCUGUCUCCCUCUUCACACUUUCCUUUUUUCUCCCUCCCUCCCUCCCUCCCUUUUUCUCUCUCAGCUCCUGAGGAAGAGGCACAUAGGGAACGACAUCGUCACUAUAAUCUUCCAGGAGCCGGGAGCGCUGCCCUUCACCCCUCAGAACAUCCGCUCCCACUUCCAGCACGUGUUCGUCAUCGUCCGCGUGCACAACCCCUGCUCCGACAACACCUGCUACAGGUAGGACACACACACACCAACUCUCACCAUGGCGUCCAUUAUGCCGUUGUUAUUGGUCGAUUGUUGAUGGUUGUUUUUUCUCUUCUCCUCAGUGUGGCUGUGACGCGUAUGAAGGACGUGCCUCCCUUCGGCCCACCCAUCCCCAGCGGGGUGACGUUCCGUGACCCUGAAGCCUUCCGCAACUUCCUCUUGGCCAAGGUCAUCAAUGCAGAGAGCGCUGCGCACAAGUCUGAGAAGUUCCACACCAUGGCCACGCGCACGCGACAGGAGUACCUCAGAGACUUAGCCGAGAAUUGUGUGAGCAGUACGCCGCUCGACUCCGCGGGCAAACUCAACAACCUCAUCUCGCUGGCGUCGAAGAAGAGAGAGCGGGCGCGGGCGAGAGAGGGGGCGGAGUUGGGAGCGGCCGGGGCGGUGGCGUGGCGGGUGCUGGCCCAGGACUUCAGUGGCGGCGGGACGGAGAUCUCUUGCGCUCUGGGCGUGUCAGCAGAGUACGUCCUCCUGGCAGACUGCAACACCAAGGAAGUGGUGUUCAACUGCUUCUGCGCCGACGUGAUUGGCUGGACGCCAGAGAGGCUGGCGCUGAAGAUCUUCUACGGGAGAGGAGACCACAUCGCCGUCAGAGUCCCCGAGGGCUUUGCUCAGGACAUCAGGGAGGUGGUGCAGAGGUUAAAGGUGUGGGCAGAGGUCACAGAGCUGGGGAAGGUUUACCAGAUGUAUGGUGGUGGAAGAGGCAGAGGGGCAGGGAUGAGAGUUCAACUGGAUUUUUUUGUAGAAGAAUAGCCUGGGUACCACUUCCCUACAUUGUUGCGUAAGACAAUUUAAAAGUUUGCUAAAGCAGACAGACAGGCACCCAGACUAAGAUGACCGUGAUUCUUGCUAAGAGGAGGCUCAAAACUGAUUCUGAAACUAAAAACCAUGAAAAUAGCAUGUUUGGCUGUUGGUAUAUGGCAGUAUAAUUAUGUAUUUAAUGAUGCAUUUAAAACCUGGUUAAAUAAAGGUGAAAUAAAAAAUGCAUUUAAAACCACCAGCCUUUUGAAGAUCUUUUAUUUGCUGAAAGCUCCUAAGCUCUCCUCCCUCCCUCCCUCCCUCCCCAGGCGCUAACGGUGGGCUGUGAGACGGUGGAUAUGACUCUGAGGAGGAACGGCCUGGGACAGCUGGGGUUCCACGUCAGGCUGGACGGCACCGUGGCUGAGGUACUUUUCCAUACCUUCGAAAAAUAUUUUUCUGUAAACUCAUGUAAAAUCCAUAAAAAUUAUUAUUUUUCAAAUUAUUUUUAUUUGACCUGCUUUAGGUAGAGGAGUACGGCUUCGCCUGGCAGGCAGGGCUGAGGCAGGGCAGCCGGUUGGUGGAGAUCUGCAAGGUUGCCGCCGUAACCCUGACACACGAGCAGAUGAUCGACCUACUGAGGACGUCGGUCACCGUUAAAGUGGUGAUCAUACCGCCCUACGAGGAGGGAGGGCCCCGCAGGUUAGUGUGUGUGGGUGUGUUUGUGUCUAUGUGUUUGAGUGUGUGUGUGUGAAAAUGAAUGUGUUUCUGUGUUAGAUGUCAAAGCAUCAUCCUGCCUCUAAGGAUGUGUUGUAGAGAGAGAAGAUUCACAACACACAGCAACACCAACAGAGCUGAGAUAUGCUGGCCAGACGUCUCUGUUCUGAGGAGAGUUUUGAGUGGGAGUGUGUGAGAGAGAGAGGCGAGAGGCACAUGGUCUGAACACGUGUGAAUUCCUGGAGGUGCUGAAAGAGGAGAGGGAAAGAAAGAGAUGGAUAGAACGACAUAACAAUCAAUAGAAUUAAUACGCAAUUUCCUUUCAAGCUUUCUUAUUCCCCUACUGUCUGUCCGUCUUGCCUGUGUUUUUCACAUCCAUUUCCCUCAGCCUCUCAUUCUCUAUCGCUCUCUUGCUAUCUCCCCUUCCCCCAUCUCUUUUUUGGCUCCGUUCCUCUCAACCUUUCAUCUGAGUAUGGGCCUUGAGUACAGUGGGAUAAUGAGGCUCUGUUAAACACUGUGGAUUUGAACGUUACUGAGAUGAAUACGCACUGACUACACAGUGUGACUAGUCUCUACUCGAUAUAUAGCCUAGCUUGGGUGCGUCCCAAAUGGCACCCUUUUCCCCAUUUAGUGCACUACUUUUGAUCAGGGCCCACAGGGCUCUGGUUAAAAGUAGUGCAUUAUGUAGGGAAUAGGGUGCCAGUUGGGACGCAGACCGAGUGUGCUGCUCCGUAGUCGGGGUCACACAGAGCAAGCAGGAUGUCUGUUCUUGAUUGAGUGGGGGUUCCUAAAUACAGUAAUUGUGCUGCCAGGGCUGUGUGAUUGCACAGUGGUUGGAUUUCUUUAAUGUGUAAGGCAGUUUAAUUGUAUGACUUAAACCCCUUUGAUACACACACACUCUUACGCGCACACACACGCUCACUCCUCCACACACACUACAUAAUUAGUCUUGUAUUUCACUCUUUCUGUUCCUCCCUCUCCCUCCCCCUCUCUCUCUAUCACACUCAUUUGCUAGAGUGUGCCAGGAAAACAGAUUGCAUGAGAUUAAGGCCUGGAAUCUGCAGAAAGAGGGAAAAUAAAUAAAUAUAAAGAGGCGAUUAAUUAAAAGUGCAUGCUCUGUGUGAAUGAAAAGGGUAGAAAAGGAGGGAGGAGGGAGAGAGGUAGUGUGGGUACAGGAGGAUAGCGGAAUAGAGGAGCUUGGCUGGGAAAGACGUGUCUGAACACCUCUUAGGUGGGAGAAGCCAAGUGGGUGGGAAAGAGAAACUGCCUUCACUUCUUCCUCUUUCUCUCCCAAUCCCUGUUGGUGCUGUGAACAGGAGAGAGAUAUAGAGAUGCAGUAGAGAGAGAGAGUGUGUGUGUUUGCUCGCGGAAUGUGUGUGUGUGAGAGAGAGCCCCAGCUGUCAGGCCGGCCAUUGCGAUGGAGAGGUCUCUGGAAGUAGGCACUGGUGUUUUCUCUCUAAGGUUGGUACACUGGUGUGUGUGUGUGUGUGUGUGCCGUACGUGUUCUUAUCGAGUGUCUGUAUGUGUGAGGGUUGUUUUGUGACUUGACAUUGGCAGUUAUAUUUGUGUGUUUGUGUGGGAUCUAGGUUUUUCCUUCCAAGGUUGGUUAUUACACUCACUGGUAUAUAUGUAUGAGAGUGAUAGCGAGACUGUCAUGAGCAUCAUUCUACUCAUACAGGGUCUCCUGGUAUCUUUCAUACAGACAGAGCAUGUGAUGUUGCCAUGUCCACCUCUGUGCUCUGUUUACCUUAGCCUGCAGCGGUAGUAAUGGGGUUUGUUUGUUGUUUUCUAAAGCAGUCUGGGGCUUAGUGUGGCCAGACCAGUGUGAUUGAGCUUAAUCCAGGUCAAAUAGUAGGGGACAGAUCACACACAGAGACACAGACAGGACAAUCUGCUCCUGUCCAGCUCUUCUUUCAUUCUCUGCUCCUCCACUCCUCUCUUGUCCUCUUCUUGUCCAUUACCUAGGCUGUAUUCAUAUUUUGUUUCACUUUCUCCACUUCUCAUCUCUUUUCCUCCUUGUCCUCUAAUUUAUUCAUUUAUCCUGUCCCUUCACCUCUAUUUACCCCCCCCCCCCCUCUUUCUUUCUCCUCUCUUCCCUUCCCCCCGUCCUCUCCUCGUCUCUUAUUUUCCCUCCCUCCCUUUCACUAGUCUGUCCCUCUUCCCUUCUCACCUCUCUGCUCCCUCUCUGUUGCAGCGAUGUACAUUGUCUUAUGUCUGAGGCACCCUUUGCUGUGGCGGUGUGAUGCCUCUUUUACCUCCAAUAAUAGACUUUAGUGAUGAAAGAUGUAUGUGCUGUUUCUGCUCAAUGGUUUAGUGAGGAUGUUGAGAGGGUAAGCCUGUCAUGCUGUGCUGGGUUAAACAGGGAUCUAUUGCUAUUGGUCUCUUGAGUAGAAAAUGAGAAGAACACCCCACUGAAACUGAUGUUGGUCAUUUUUACAUCAUUGAGGGUGUUCCUUUGAGUUUGCUAAUGAUUUUCAUGUACACUUCAUUGUAUUUGGUAGUGCAGUGACUACUAGAAAGGGUCCAGGUCAUGACUGUUUAGGGGAAGUUGAAGAAAAGCCUGACAUCUCACAGGAUCUAAUACAAUUAUUUAACUAGAGUAGCCUAGCCUAAAACAACCAUUUCCACAUGCCUUGCUUGUAUAAACUCAAUGCAAAUUGACACAUCUAGGCUACAUACACACAAAUAAAAGGCUGACAGAGAGAAUCUUUAUGAGAUUAGAGGUUUAUCUUCACGUGUUUCUGUCCAAAUGAAUACUUCAGCGACAACUGGGUGACUAAAAGGGUCAGGGCUUGGGUUCUAUCUGCACACAUGCUCAAAGAAACACACACUCACACACUUGACCGAGGCCUCACAGUAGGGGAUAGAGUCCUGAUGUUGCAGUAAUCUGUCUCCCCCCCCCCCCCCCCCCCCCAUUUCCAUGCUGAGGUAUCAAGGGAGCUCAUUAGUGUUUGUGUGUGUAUGCUGUUGGAGGGGGAUGCUAAAGGGAAUAUGCUGAGGGAGAGUAUGGAGGAGAUUCAGGGUUUUCAACUUUAGUUUGACUGCAUUUCCUGUGAGCAAGGUGGACCUCUUAUCUGAGUGCUGUGCUUGUGUGUGUGCACGUGUGCGUGCAGAGCCACUGACAUUUUGUAAGCAGCUAUGACAUCUUUCUAGUUGUUGUCUGGUGUUCAUGUGUAAUCUUCUAUGUGAAGGGUGUAGUCUUGCAAUACCACUGCAGUACCACUGACUCUCCAUUCCCCCUCUCGGUCUGUAGGGGAUGUACAGAGGAGUAUGAGAUGAAGACCAUGGAGCAGAAGCCAGAGCCUGAGCCUGUGGCAGCAGGGUACCGGCCCUCCCCUCGUCCCCCUGCCUGGCGCUGGGACAGCCCCCCCGGCCCUCCGGGCCUGCACAGCGCUCCCACCCCUCAGCGCUGGACUCUUAUGGUCCCCCCACCACCCCAACCCCGCUCACACAAAGCCAUGGUCAUGCCCGUCCCAUACAGGGAGCCCCAGCACCUCUCCAACAAGAGGUGAGACACUGACGUUUGUUUGGGAUUGUUUGCCUUGUGCUUAGGCCCUGGUGUAGUUGCUUCAGUGUCUUGAGCGGGUGGUCCUAUGCUUAUGGCCUGAUGUCAUUCUCAUAAAUGCAACGACAAUGAGGUUGUCCUUUUAAAAAAACGUAAAGCGUUGCUGUAGGUGCAGAACAUAUAAGUGAUUCCACAUGAAACCAGGACAAAAAAUACCAUGAUUUUGGGGAUUUUCACGAAAUGUAACACAGAAUGGUUCUUUGGGGGAAGAAUUGUUUACAUAUAUUUUACAUUUGUAUCUAAAAGCAUAAUUGAAAAAUAAUCAAUGAUGGCAUUUUUAUGACAUUUUGGCCUUACCCAGGCCUCCUUUAAGACUCCAUAAUGUUUCAUCUGUAGAUGCUACAAAGCUAAAAUGUGUGUCAAAUGAAGCUUUACCGGUUUACUCUGUAAUAUGAGUAGUAUUUUCAUUCCAAAAAAGAUAUAUACUGUACCAGUCAAAAGUUUGGACACACCUACUCAUUCUAGGGUUUUUCUUUAUUUUUACUAUUUUCUCAUUGUAUAAUAAUAGUGAAGACAUCGAAACUAUGAAAUAACACAUAUGGAAUCAUGUAGGAACCAAAGAAGUGUUAAACAAAUCAAAAUAUAUUUUAUAUUUGAGAUUCUUCAAAAAGCCACCCUUUGCCUUGAUGACAGCUUUGCACACUCUUGGUAUUCUCUCAACCAGCUUCAUGAGGAAUGCUUUUCCAACAGUCUUGAAGCAGUUCCCACAUAUGCUGAGCACUUGUUGGCUGCUUUUCCUUCACUCUGCAGUCCGACUCAUCCCAAAGCAUCUCAAUUGGGUUGAGGUCGGGGGAUUGUGGAGGCCAGGUCAUCUGAUGCAGAACUCCACCACUCUCCUUCUUGGUCAAAUAGCCCUUACACGGCCUGGAGGUGUGUUGGGUCAAUGUCCUGUUGAAAAACAAAUGAUAGUCCCACUAAGCCCAAACCAGAGGGGAUGGCGAAUCGCUGCAGAAUGCUGUGGUAGCCAUGCUGGUUAAGUGUGCCUUGAAUUCUGAAUAAAUCACAGACAGUGUCACCAGCAAAGCACCCCCACACCAUAACACCACCUCCUUGCUUUACGGUGGGAACUACACAUGCGGCGAUCAUCCGUUCACCCACACAGCGUCUCACAAAGACACGGCGGUUGGAACCAAAAAUCUCAAAUUUGGACUCCAGACCAAAGGACAAAUUUCCACCGGUCUAAUGUCCAUUGCUCGUGUUUCUUGGCCCAAGCAAGUCUCUUCUUAUUAUUAGUGUCCUUUAGUAGUGGUUUCUUUGCAGCAAUUCGACCAUGAAGGCCUGAUUCACACAGUCCCCUCUGAACAGUUGAUGUUGAGAUGUGUCUGUUACUUGAACUCUGUGAAGCAUUUAUUUGGGCUGCAAUUUCUGAGGCUGGUAACUCUAAUGAACUUAUCCUCUGCAGCAGAGGUAACUCUGGGUCUUCCAUUCCUGUGGCGGUCCUCAUGAGAGCCAGUUUCAUCAUAGCGUUUGAUGGUUUUUGCGACUGCACUUGAAGAAACGUUCAAAGUUCUUGAAAUGUUCCGUAUUGACUGACCUUCAUGUCUUAAAGUAAUGUUGGACUGUUGUUUCUCUUUGCUUAUUUGAGCUGUUCUUGCCAUAAUAUGGACUUUUACCAAAUAGGGCUAUCUUCUGUAUACCCCCCCCCCCCCCCCCCCCCCCCCUACCUUGUCACAUGAUUCCAUAUGUGUUAUUUCAUAGUUUUGAUGUCUUCACUAUUAUUCUACAAUGUAGAAAAUAGUAAAAAUAAAGAAAACCCUGGAAUGAGUAGGUGUGUCCAAACUUUUGACUGGUACUGUAAUUAAAUCAGUCAAUUGAAAUAAAUUCAUUAGGCCCUAAUCUAUGGAUUUCACAUGACUGGGAAUACAGAUAAGCAUCUGUUGGUCACAGAUACCUUAGUAGGGCCGUGGAUCAGAAAACCAGUCAGUAUCUGGUGUAACCACCAUUUGCCUAAUGCAGCGCAACACAUCUCCUUCACAUAGAGUUGAUCAGGCUGUUGAUUGUGGCUUAUGGAUGUUGCCUCACUCCUCUUGAAUGGCUGUGCGUAGUUGCUGGAUAUUGGCGGGAACUGGAACACGCUGUCGUACACGUCGAUCCAGAGCAUCCCAAACAUGCUCAAUGGUUGACAUGUCUGGUGAGUAUGCAGGCCAUGGAAGCUUCCAGGAAUUGUGUACAGAUGCUUGUGACAUGGGGCCGUGCAUUAUCAUGCUGAAACAUUAGGUGAUGGGAGCGGAUGAAUGGCACGACAAUGGGUCUCAGGAUCUCGUCAUGGUUUCUCUGUGCAUUCAAAUUGCCAUUGAUAAAAUGCAAUUUUGUUCGUUGUCGGUAGCUUAUGCCUGCCCAUAACAUAACCCCACCGCCACCAUAGGGCACUCUGUUCACAACGUUGACAUCAGCAAACCGUUCGCCCACACGACUCCAUGCACGCUGUCUGCCAUUUGCCUGGUGCAGUUGAAACCGGGAUUCAUCCAUGAAGAGCACUCUUCUCCAGCAUGCCAGUGGCCAUCGAAGGUGAGAAUUUGACCACUGAAGUCAGUUACGACACAGAACUGCAGUCAGUUGUGCAGAAAUCCUUCGGUUGUGCAAAACCACAGUUUCAUUAGCUGUCCGGGUGGCUGGUCUCAGACAAUGUGGAGGUCCUGGGCUGGCGUGGUUAUAAGUGGUCUGCGGUUGUGAGGCCGGUUGGACGUACUGCCAAAUUCUCUAAAAUGACGUUGGAGGCAGCUUAUGGGAGAGAAAUUAACAUUCAAUUCUCUGGCAACAGCUCUGGUGGACAUUCCAGCAGUCAGCAUGCCAAUUGCACGCUGGCUCAAAACUUGAGACAUCUGUGGCAGUGUGUGACAAAGCUGCAUAUUUUUGAGUGGACUUUUAUUGUCCCCAGCACAAGGUAUACCUGUGUAAUGAUCAUGCUGUUUAAUCAGCUUCUUGAUAUGCCACACCUGUCAGGUGGAUGGAUUUUCUUGGCAAAGGAGAAAUUCUCACUAACAGGGAUGUAAACAAAUUUGUGCACCAAAUUGUAGAGAAAUAAGCUUUUUGUGCGGAUGGAAAAUGUCUGGGAUCUUUUAUUUCAGCUCAUGAAACAUGGGACCAAAACUUUACAUGUUGCGUUUAUAUUUUUGUUCAGUAUAGAAACCUAAUAUUCCACAAAUGACUUUGUCAUUUCCAUGACAGGGAUUCGUAUCAACAUUUUAGCUUUUAUAAUAAAUGAAUGUAUUUAUAGUGUUACAUAGUUUCUAGGGCACAACAUGUGCUUCAAAAGUAGCUAGAAUUCAUAUAGGCCCAAAAUAGGCUGUAUCUCAAUCAAUUUAAAGAUACAUAUAUUUUCUGGUGCUACAAAAUUUCAUGUGGUGCUCCUAACCUUUUGAAGUUGGGAGCACCAGUGCUACCAAUAAUUUUUUUUAAUUUAGAGCCCUGCCUUAGAGUAUAUUAUGCUAAAAAAUAUAUUAAUGUAAAUGUGGUUAUUGAAAUCAAAAUACUACUCAUUACAGUGCACUUGGUAAAGCUUUGUUUGACACAGACUUUUGCUUUGUAGAACUUACAGAUUAAACAUUAUGGAGUAAUUAAGGAGGGUAAGGCAAAAUGUCAUAAAUAUGUCAGCUUUGAUAAAAUAUUUCUCAAGUAGACUUUUAGAGACAUACACUAUAUAUACAAAAGUAUGUGGACGCUCCUUCAAAUUAGUGGUUUCGGCUACAUGGCACACAGCCAUGCAGUCUCCAUAGACAAACAUUGGCAGUAGAAGGGCCUUACUGAAGAGCUCAGUGACUUUCAACGUGGCAACGUCAUAGGAGGCCACCUUUCCAACAAGUCCAUUUUUAAAAUUUCUGCCCUGCUAGAGCUGCCCCGGUCAACUGUAAGUGCUGUUAUUGUGAAGUGGAAAUGUCUAGGAGCAACUGCGGCUCAGCCGCGAAGCGGUAGGCCACACAAGCGGUAGGCCACACAAGCUCACAGAACAGGACCGCCGAGUGCUGAAGCGCUCACUACCGAGUUCAAAACUGCCUCUGGAAGCAGCGUCAGCACAAUAACUGUUUCCAUGGCCGAGCAGCCGCACACAAGCCUAAGAUCACCAAGCGCAAUGCCAAGCGUCGGCUGGAGAUGUGUAAAGCUCGCCGCCAUUGGACUCAGUGGAAACGCGUUCUCUGGAGUGAUGAAUCACGCUUCACCAUCUGGCAGUCCGACAGACGAAUCUGGGUUUGGCGGAUGCCAGGAGAACGCUACCUGCCCUAAUGCAUAGUGCCAACUGUAAAGUUUGGUGGAGGAGGAAUAAUGGUCUGGGGCUGUUUUUCAUGGUUCGGGCUUGACCCCUUAAUUCCAGUGAAGGGAAAUCUUAACGCUACAGCAUACAAUGACAUUCUAGACGAUUCUGUGCUUCCAACUAUGUGGCAACAGAUUGGGGAAGGCCCUUUCCUGUUUCAGCAUGACAAUGCCCCCGUGCACAAAGCGAGGUCCAUACAGAAAUGGUUUGUUGAGAUCGAUGUGGAAGAACUUGAUUGGCCUGCACAGAGCCCUGACCUCAACCCCAUCGAACACCUUUGGGAUGAAUUGGAACACCGACUGCAAGCCAGGCCUAAUCGCCCAACAUCAGUGCCUGACCUCACUAAUGCUGUUGUGGCUGAAUGGAAGCAAGUCCCCCGCAAUGUUCCAACAUCUAGUGGAAAGCCUUCCCAGAAGAGUGGAGGCUGUUAUAGCAGCAAAGGGGGGACCAACUCCAUAUUAAUGCCCAUGAUUUUGGAAUGAGAGUUUUGACAAGCAGGUGUCCACAUACUUUUGGUGGAUCAGGAUCAGGUCCUCUCUAUCCAUAUAACCUUAUUAAUAAUGAUCUAAAAGGCAAAACUGAUCAUAAAUUAGCACUCAUACUCUACGACGCUUUAUGAAUAUAGGUACUGACUUGUGAUUAAACUCCACUGUCCCCUCUGUGCUCCCUGCAGGCCAGUGAGUUUCCCUGAGAACCACUACAGCCUGUCGCCAGCGGGGGGCGACAGAGUGCUGCCCUACAGGAACCCCUCAGCCAGCUUCUCCUCCCCCUCUGGCCUGGGGGGCCCCGUACUCAGCGGGCCCUUCGUACGCUACAAACCCUCACCUGACAGGUCAGUCAGCGGAAGUGUGUGUGUUAGUGUCUUUGUGUGUGUAUCUCUGGGGUUGUCUCUGACUGGCUCUGUGGUUGUCUCAUUGAGGUCUUCAUUUGUUUGUAUUGGAGGAGAAUGUCACUCCUUCCUGUUCCCUGGCGUUUCCUUUGUAUGAUACUUGACAGGCCUUUGGCAGUUGUUGCUAGGAGUGGUAGCUAACUUGCUGCAGACCUUUGACUGAUUUGACUGUCGCUCUUCUGUCAAUGAGACAUGUACGAACACACUAUUGGAUUAAGACUCCAUUGUGUGGUUUUACCUGUGUGUGUUCUGAUUAGUUUCAUCCUGCCCAACCAAUAUGUAUGAAAUAAGCGCCACCGGGGAGCAACAACAGAAUCUUAAACUUAUUUGUGUAUGUUAGAGCUGUCCUCUACCAAAAAAAAAAUCUUAGUCGACGAGAGUAGUUCUUUCGACCAAUCGAUUGGUUGACAUUUUAAAACUUGUGUCUUUCCAUAUAGACACACCCUAUGUGCUUGAAUAAAAUCAACUAUAUGCAGUGAGCUUGUCUGAUGCUUUAAGCGCACUGUUUUAUUAAAUAAUUAAGACACACAAAUGACUCGAGGGAGCACGAUGGCCACGCUGUGUUAGAAAAAAUGACAGUGAGUGUGACUGGCGCACGUUGUCUCGCUUUCCUCCCUGCUGCAACGAAAAGGCACCACAUCACAGCAAGUGUUUAUCGCACUGUCUGUGCUGAAGCUGCAACAUAAUUUCAGCCAUUCCGUUUCUUACUUGUUUCUCUGACUGAAAAGUUAUGUUACCCAAAAUCUCUCAUUUGUUUAGAUUCCCUAUUCCCCCUCUUUAUGUGAAACAUGUGACCAAUAUGGCCUGACCUAUAGCCUAUCAUAAUACAUUGGUAAUAACAAACUCCUAACACGUGACAGUAAAAUGGAUGUGGAGGACGUGAAAAAGGAACUCAAAACGGGCAAAUGUUUACUGGUUGCUCAGUAGGGAAAGGGGAAGUCAGAUCUGUGGAAGAAAUUUGACUUAGUUGUGGAAUCUACUGGAGAUCAAGUAAAAGGAGGGUAUAGGAGCAAGCGUUGCGUGAGUAUUAUGUGUGCCAAACAGGGGCUGUUAGAUUACAAUAUAAUUUUUUCUGACCCUUUGGAACAGUGUAAACAACACUAAAUAUAUUGAGAUAUAUAUAGGCCUAAGUAAGUUACGGUAUUGACUAAACAGGAUGCGCUCUUAGGCCUACAGCUCGAUGGUGGUUAAACAAGGCUACCACUACAUGAAGCCUACUAAUGAUAAUGACAUUACGUAUUAUUAUAAUGAUGAUCAUAAUAACAGUUGUAAUAACAAGAAGGAGAACAGUGUAAACAAAACUAAAUAAAUUAUAAGUAAUACCAGAGAGUCUGUUCUAACAGGCUUGGUGCUCACGGUAUAAGUAGGCUAUUAAACAAGCACUCACAGGCAACAGAAACAGGAUCUGUCUGUCUUCUGUAGAUCUAUGUGGAUGAUUUAUAAAACCAGGCACAUUUAAGUUAGGCUAUUGAUUAUAGACCUAAUUAAGUUGGGGUUUCCUCUCUCCUCAAUUUUCUUAGACAAUUAAGGCAAAGGCUGUUUCCCCGUCUCCUCACUCCGCUGCUGCCUCCGCCACAUGUUCUCAACACCAAUAUGGUGGUUAACUUUGGUAUUAUGCACUAAAGAUUGUUUCAGAUACCACGGACAGUGACCGCUAUCCAAUGCGUCAGAAAGCUCAUUUGUUAUAAAAUAAUAGUACCAUUAUUUUUACAAUUUCAGGAUCACGUCUUAGAGAAGUGGUCGCCAACCAGUCGAUCACGAUUGACUGGUUGAUCUUCAAGGCAUUCCUAGUCGAUCACCAAACAUUUCUGUAGAAAAGCCAACGACAAAGGCCUGCGCUCCUUUUUUUAUUUUAUUUUCGCUGUUGUCGGUAGGUGCACUUGAUUCAGAAGUCCUGCGCACCGGGUAAGCAAAGUGUUCACAUUUUGAACCAUUUCAUUUGUCUGAAAAUACAAACUGCCGGCGUACCCGGAGGACCGGGAGAUCUGUGGCUAAAUUGAGUAUGCCUACUGCGCUGGCCAAUCGGAUAGCUCAAAUCACCGUGCCUACAGAGCUUCCACGACCCCGGCUACAGCAAAGUUUGAUACUAGCCUACGUAAUAUUUCAUAACUUUUAAAACCAUGACCACAGAGAGACUGUCAAAGAAUACAGCAAAGAGCUGCUGUUUUUAAUAUGUGAGUUAAUGUUAAAGUUAUUAUUCAGCACUAAAACAUAAAAUGUGCUUCUCCGUACAUCCACUCGUGAUGCAGUUGGAAUGAAUGAGUAUCCAAGUGUAUCGUUAGCCCUGCGUUUUAAUUAUUAUUAGCAGCUCGUCAUAGGAACAACAUGGUCAUAGGAACAACAUGAAUUUGUGGAUGAGGCAGAUGCUGUGCGACUCGAGUUUAGCCAUCAGGUGGAAGACGGUGUCCCCUCUCUCUGGUCAGUCUCACCAGAGGAAAGGAAGGAGAGUGUAGGGACCAUGAGAUGCGGACCCUAAUGCCGUGUUCAAAACAAGUGGAAACUCAGAAAUCUCCAACUUCCGACUUCAGUUCGUUCAAGACAACUGGGAACUUGGGUAAAAAAAAUCCAACUUCGAAUUUCCAGAGUUCCCAGUUGUCUUGAAAGCACCAUGACCAUCAGAUGUAGGUACCAUCAGUCCAGUAAAAUAAAAAAAGCGAAUUAUUUCAAUUUAUGCGCCGCAGUGCCUCUCAAGUGCUACACCAACUGAUAAUUUUUUUUUUAUCAAAGCUCGAGUUUUGAAAUAUAGUAUGGUCUGAGAAUAACAAUAUUGGCAGGCCAGGCAUAUAGCCAGUAUACUGCAAUAAUGUAUUAGGCCUACUGCCCAAACCUCAUUCCUACAGAACUGCUAUUAUUAGGUUAAUGUGACUUUUUUCUUUUUUUUUUGGAACGGUAGAUUUCGGCUUGCUUUUUGACUGCGAAAUUGAUCUUGACUCAAAAGGUUGGUGACCACUGUCUUAGAGUGAUGGACUGUGCCAUCCCUGUGGCCUCGGCAAUGGAUUAGUCCACUGAGACAGGCACGAAUCAGACAGGUGUUUUGUGCACCAUGGGAAAAUAUAUAUAUCAAUAUGCGACUGCUCGACUACAGAAAUCUUGGUGGACAAACAUCCUAUCGACCAAAUAAUGGACCAGUCGACUUAAUGGGGUCAGCCUUAGUGUGUGUGUGUAUCCUGUACACUUUUUUUGUCUGCCUAAAUCAGAGUUUGCCCAAGUCUGUGUGUAAGUUAGGGCUGGGCGGUAUGGCCAAAAUAUCAUAUCCUAAUAUUUUUUACCAGGCUUGGGUGGUAUACUGUAUAUACCGGGGUAUUUUGAAGUACAGACUGUAUGAUUUUCAAUACCACAACCCCCAAAAAAAUAUUCAAAUAAUUCAAUUGAGCCAGUCACAUGGUAUGUUUCUUUGUUAAGGAGCACGUGGAGAAAACGUGUCGAUCUACUGUUGAGAAGCACAAGAGAGGUGAUCAAGUUACACUUGAAAUUCACUAAUAAUGUUUGCCAGCUAAAUAUCUUAUAACUAUAAGUUAAAUACAUUUUCUCCAGCUCAGGGCUCCAGCUAUGCAUUUGGUUUGCUAAUUUGCUAGCUAUAACGUUAGGUGGCUAGCUUGCAAUAUCAAGCUUCUUGGUUACAGCAGAGACAAUCAAUCCCCUUCUGGAUCAAGUGUGAGUAGCUUUUUGAGAUAGUUCUACAACUUUAGGACCUUUUCUGUCCUUGCAUUUAGCUUAUGUUUGCUUGCCCUUGUUAGCAUUUAGCUAGCAUCUGCCAUGGAAAUUCGCUAGUACUUUGUUAGCAUAAAAAAAAACAUUUGCAGGAGGAGAGGGAGAGACGACUCAAGUAGCAAACUGAGUAAAUUAUAAAAACGCUGGAGUGGCGUUAACACAUUUAACAAACCAAACAUUGAAAUACCGUUGUAGAAGGUAAAGUAAAAACCCAAACCGGUCUGUGCAUCAAUACCGGUAUAUAGUAAAAUACGGUAUACCGCCCAGCCCUAGCGUGAGUGCAAGUGUGUGCGCAUGCGAGUGUGAGAGUGUGCAUGCGUGUGUAACCUCUCUGUUCCUCUUGUAUCUGUAUAGGUACGGUUCAGCCCAGCAUCCCCUGCUGACCUACGAACCUCAUCUCAGUCUGGACAUAACCUCUAGUGGAGAGUCCUCUUCGGGCUUCACCAGCCAGGACAGCACUAUGGAGCGCUGCAAGACAGGUACACACACCCGCUUCCCUUGAAAAACAGUUAGCCCUACAGCCAAUUCUGUCUAACCAAAAGAAUUAGCAAAAAAACAGUCAGAUUUCGACAGAAAUAUGGCUGAGACGCAAAGAACAUUCAAGAAGAGGGGGUACAAAAAUGGUCAGUUGAAUACUGCCAUUGGGAAAAUCCAAAACAAAUCGAGACAUGAUCUCUUGCGUUCUUACUUCCCGCUAUUCAAAGUGCUCUGAACAAAUUAAGGGAAACGUUCACAAACAUUGGCACAUUCUAAGAUCCGAUGACAGUAUCGGUAAUGUGUUUUCGGACCCUCCCUUGGUCGUAUUCUCGCGGGGCAGAAACUCAGAGAUCAAUUGGUAAACUCUGAUUUACCACCCCAAAAUACCGCUGCACACCUUCUAUUUGCGCCUCUACCGGUUGGAAACUACAAGUGUAAUGGCUGCGCUCAAUGCAAUGGCACUUACAAAUGUAGAUCCUUCAAACACCCCCAAACAGGGAAACAGACCCCAAUCAAAGGUGUUAUCACGUGCUCAACUAAGGCAGUUAUUUAUCUUAUAACUUGUCCUUGUGGUAAAAAUGAUGUGGGUAAAAUGAAGCGCAAACUAAAAGUACAAAUCUCGGAGCAUCGUACCACCAUUAGGUGCAAAAACUCCACGUACUCAAUUGCGGCCCACUUUUUGGAAGCGAACCACUCGAUUUCGUCCCUACGUUAUAUCAUCAUCGAACACGUCACCCUCACUAGGAGAGGGGGUGACCUCGACAAUUUAUUGUUAAAACGAGAGGCUGCCUGGAUCUUUAAUUUAAAGACCCUUGCUCCCUUCGGUCACAACGUAGACUUUGACCUGAAGCCAUUCUUGUGAUUAUUGUGAUUUUGCUAUUCAUUGUAAAUGUUUGUAGGCCUAUGUAGCCAAAUUGUAUCUAUGAUCGUAUGCUAUCCAUUUAUGUUUUUUAUAUGUUCUAUUUAUAUAUCUGUAAAUUAACCAAUUAUAUGAAACCACACCCGGCCAUGAUUACAGACACCUGUGUGUGUGUCCUUUGAAACUAUUUGGAGUGGCUCCAAAUCGAACUGAGUUAGACAUCCAUCACCAUCAGAAAAGGGGCUUAAAUACUGACUACCCCAAUACACUAACCAGUGACCACACACACACACACACACACACACACACACACACACACACACAGAGUGAACACGUAAAACAUAGUGAUGACCUACAUACCACACCUGUCACUACAGUAGACCUGUGAUGGGUUAUGUGUAAUGGUGUUUGUGUGUGUGUUCUCUGCCCAGAGCCCCUAUGGCAUGUCCCAGUGUCAUCGUCUCGGGGGCCAGGAGGAGGAGGGGGACAGAGGAGACCCACCCGACAGGACGUCCCAGGGAAAGACUCCCCCAACAGACACUCAAAGGUCAGAUAUAACUGUCCUCUUUUGUUUAGAGAGAUUUUCUGCCUGUUGCUUUUCUGUGUAUCUACCGUUUCUUUCUCUCUCCCACCUCAUCCCGCUCUUUGUAGGGUGAGACCCAGUACUCCAGCCACUCCAGCAGUAACACUCUCUCCAGUAACGCAUCCAGCAGCCACAGUGACGAGCGCUGGUUCGACGGGGCUGGGGGGGAGAGAGGAGGCCCGGGGGGGUCCGGGUGUUGCCUAGGCGACCUGGCUGAACCUGACCCCGACCCCCCCAGUAAGGGCGGAUCCAGUGACAGCGGCAUCGACGCCCCCACCCUCUACAACACCAAGCCCGGCGGUCGCCACGGAAACCAGUCCAGCCAAUCACAGAAGCCCCUGCACUGUUCGGCAACCUAUAAUAGCGGGCUGCAGCAGCUCUCUGGGGUGAGGGUCAACGGAGUCGAGGGGCGGAGACUAGAGUCAUCACCUGUAUUACCUGCCAAUCAGAACAAAGGAUACCGCACGCGCACCUUCCCUCCUCCUGGAUCCAACGUGGAGAAGCCAGACUCAUUUAAACCCAGGUACAAGAGAGCGACACACACACACUGCUAGCGCUUAUACACUCCAACUCAGGUUAGCUUUUAGUAGUGGUAAGAGAGUGGAAGGGGAGGACAAAGAACUGUGUGUUUUGUCCACACUGGCAUCCCAUACUGAACGUACUGAAACACGUCAGUGUUUAAUCCCUAUGGGGGGCAUGUAUGGGCCAGAUGUACCACCCCUGCCCUACAUACAUGUAGACACACGUAUUUAGAGAGUCCAGCUACUCUUAGAGGAGGAUUAAAGGAUUGGGGGUUUAGACCCCCAGUUCCAUCACUCCAGUCUGCCAGUCUAUACCCAGUCACUCAGGGAACAGGACAGCACUCUGACACACAGAGGCACCCAACACACAGUGGGACACAACAAAUAACAUACAGGUAUGUAGUCUAAACUGUGGUACAGGAGCUUAGGAAAUGGGGAUAGAGACGUGUGAGUGGUAAGAUGGAUGGGUGUAGGUAUUGAGUGAUGGUGGGUUGGGAUGGACAUUUGUAGCUGAAUGGUUGCUUGGGUGAUUGGGUGGAUGGUUUGCUGGAUGUAUGAUGUCCAGAGAAAGCCAUGAUAGCUGGUCAGGGAUAUUCACAGAUGUUACUGCUGGUUGGAUGAGGUGGCUUUUGGUGGAAUUGGGUCGGGAGACAAAGGGGAUUUGAGAUGUGAAUUCCACCAGCAGCUGUUCUGCAUGAUGUGUGGUUUGUUGUGUCUGUGUUGUGCAUGUGCUACGUAUCCCACCCUGAAUGGAUCCAUCAACUCAAGCAUAUGUUUAUCUCUAAACCUAUGCAUGUAGAUGGAUAGAUAGAGAUCGAUUUAUGGAUUUGAGCAUGUGUUUCUCUGUAUAUUAAUGCCGUGUGUCUGUGUGUGUGUGUGUGUGUGUGUGUGUGUGUGUGUGUGUGGCGUCACAGGGCCUGCUACACACCCCAGGGUUACAAGACCCCUUCAGCAGAGAAAUCGCAGCCGGUACGAGCCGCCACAGUCACGCCCAACUCUGCCCUACUCAGCUCCACCCCUCUCUCCAGCUCCGCCCCCAAGGCCUUAUACAGCAAGAGUAGACUGGGCGCCUGGCAACCGGACGACAACACCCCCUCCCCUUCAAACACACCCACUACCUACAGCUCUGACAGCAACAGCAGCAAGAAGUAAGAGAGAGAUAGUGUGUGUGUGCGUGCGUGUGUGUGCGUGCGCGCGCAUUGAGAUGCACUGGUCUACCGAGGCACCAGUGUGCUACACUACCAACACAAAAGUCAAGCAUUACACUACUGAGUUAAUCCAUGCUCAGUGUGAUAAGUUGUGUUACUGUAUUUAACCUACAGUAUAUUCCUGCUGUGUGUGUUCAGGCAGGUGGACGUGAAUUCUAAGAACGUGUUCGGACAGCCCCGUCUUCGAGCGUCGCUAAGGGACCUGCGUUCUCCACGGAGACCCCACAAGAGCACCGUCGAGGACGACCUGAAGAAACUCAUCAUCAUGGACAACCCUGGCGAGAUGCCACAAAGAGACAUGGUGAGGGACACACACACAAACCCAGUACAUAUAUACACACACACACACACGCAUACACUACACACUAUUUUACACAUACACACCCCAAACCUUACCACUUGCUCACACACUAACAUACUACCCCACAACUAACCUCCCUCCCUUCUCUUUUCAGUCUCCUCGGCGCACUCUUCAGCGCACGUUCUCAGACGAGUCUCUGUGCAGCGGGCGCAGGGAUGCCAGCUAUGCCAACUCUGCCCCCCUGUUUGACCAGGGCACUCCCAGCGACCUGCUGUUCACCUGCACCCUGCCCACCCGGCGCCACGCACACACUGCCAACCACAUGCCCAACAAGAAGGGUGAGUGGGGCCACAGCUUGAUGUUACUACCUUCUCACUUCAUUGCAUCCAUACCUAAUUAUGGCAUAACAAGAAGGCACAGGGCUCAGUUAUAGUCAGAUAAAGAAUUGUUUAUGUGCUACUUUUAAAGGAGUAGUCCACUCAAAAAUGAUCUUUUGGUAUUUAUUUCAUUAGUUCACUUUUGAUACAGUCCCAAAAUGUUUUGCAUGCCAGCAAUCAAGUUUUCAAGAUACAUGACUUUCAAGAAGCGAAGGUUAUCAUGUGACAUCAUCAUGAAUACUAAUCUGCUAAGACUUAUUUGACCUCCUUGCCCCCCUCCUGCUUGGCCAGUCCCUCUGUCUGCGUCGGAGCUGUCUCUGACAGAGGUGAGGGAUAAGGUUCCCCCCCUGAGGAGGCUGGACCCGGGGCUCAUGCCCCUGCCUGACACUGCCUGUGGCCUGGAGUGGGCCAGCCUGGUCAACGCUGCCAAGGCCUACGAGGGUGAGUUUGAGUAUUCUGUGUGUGUGUUCAGAUAUUUGCUAGAGAGAUUUUGUUUGUGUGUACAUGCUGUGUAUUUGUGUGUCAGUAGCCUAAGCUGAGAGAGAGACCUGGUCUCACAAUACUCUGGUCCCCUGCCACCACAAAGCUUCUCAAAGCAGCUCCAGCAAACACACAAGGCCCCUACUGACACAUGAUCCUGGGCCUCAAUUACAGCCCAGCUAGGCUGCUCCUGGAUGGGCUUGAUCGUGUGAAAUGUCCCUGGAGACCUUGUGAAGAUAUAGCUGAUUGUGAAGGGGAAAAUGCUGCAUUGUAACUGUGUGUGUGUGUUUUACAGUGCAAAGGGCAGUGUCUCUCUUCUCGCUCACUGAGCCUCAAGUUGGGGUUCCAGACAUGCGGCCGAUCAUCAGUCCAAUCCAGUUCCAAACACCUCAGACUCCACGCACUACCCCCACCUUCAGCGGGUAAGUCUCUGACCCACACACACCUCGCAUAAAUUCACAAAUAUUCACACACAAGACACAAACUAACACACCCAAGAUCAAACAAUCACGAUCCAUAGACACUGCCACAGACGCACAAUGUAAGAUCAUGGCAGUUACAGCAGAUUAGGAUCGUUUUGUCUAUUUGACACAAAUCCUAAACACAAUAUUUGAGUAUAUAAAAGCACCGCCUAUGCUUGGACUUCUCAUUUCCUUUUGUCAGGUCAACCAGUUACCAAGGAUCUCUGAACACCUGCUGUAGUAAACUGUGGAGUGUUUGAGUUACAGCAGUCUGGCCGGUCAGCUUGUGAUGUCUCAGGGCAUAACUACAACCAGACUAUCACUGAAACUACCUCUUGUUUACCAAACUAACAUACUGCGUUGUACGGUCCUGAUAAACUCUGUUGUUCUGUUGAACACACCUGUUAAACCUGUCUGCCCUACCUGCUACGUAACCCAUAUGACAGUGUGAGGUAAUGUCUUUGUGUGUUUUCAGGGAUGAGGUCCCCAACGACCUCUCGGGGCGACUGUUUAGCCUAGAGGUGAUGCUGAAGCAGCUCAACACUGACCUGGAGAAGGUACCGUUUACACCAGAGAGACAUUUUGGCUCUAUACUACUUUAUAUGGCUGUACCACUGACACAGCAAGAACUGAAACUGAAAAUGAAUAAACUCUUUCUUUCUCUCUCUCUCGCUCUCUCCCCUGCCUUCCCUCCCUUUCUGUCCCUCAGGAGAAGAAGGACAAAGUGCACCUGUUGGCUGAGAUGGCUAACCUGCGGCAGAAUAACCAGCGGCUGCAGGAAGAGAGCCACUCGGCCAGCGAGCAGCUCCGCAAGUUCAGCAUGCUCUUCACCGACACCCCGCAGAAGAAGUGA